AUGUGCCUCGAGUUAGGCGAUGGAGUCAAGGCGGAAUUUCGAUCUCGGAGAAAAUCCCCCACCAAAAAUGAAGGCUCUGUACAAACGGCGGGUGGCGUAAAAGGUGAGGGUAUUGCCGGGAGGGCGUGGUUGUCUGUCGCAAGUUGGCCUUUGCCGUCGGUUCAUGACGUUCGCCGCGCCAAGACUCAAGCGCGCGGCAGCGGCAAGGCCCUUUUACCGACCUCCAAGACUCGACAGCAACAGCAGCAAGCUUCAGCUCUGAGAAUACGCACAAUGGAGUCUAUCCCUACGCUUCCGCGGUGCUUGCCAGCGCAAUGCCGACGCCCAACUCGACGAGUAUCACCAAUCUUCCUCGAUUUCCUUGCCCCGACUGCGGUCCGAUCCCAGCACCGAUACGCCUCUACGACCGGAACGGACGGUACCUCUAAGCCUCGAUAUGUUCUGAGCAAGAAACAGCGUGAAUUCAUGGACGGUGCUCUGCGGGUCAAUCAGGCCGGUGAACUCGCCGCGACUCUCAUCUACACCGCGCAAACCCCUCAAAUCGUCCGAUCCCAUCCACACCUCCGACCCUUAAUGAAACACAUGUACGACCAGGAGGCAGGCCACCUGAAGACAUUCAACCAACUUGUUGCGAAGCACGAGAUUCGUCCAACAGCCAUGUACCCGUUUUGGGAGGCUGCAGCUACUUUCCUAGGAUGGUCCACCGCCGCGCUGGGUCGGGAAGCUGCCAUGGCAUGUACCGAGGCGGUGGAGACGGAGAUCGGUUCACACUACAACGACCAAGUGAGAGAGAUCCUAUCCUGGGAGGCGGAUGCGGAACGAAAGGGGGAGGAACUUGAUGAUGAGCUCAAGGAGAUGCUGAGCACAUUCCGACGAAUUCGGGAUGAGGAAUUGGAGCACCUGGACCACGCUGUUGCCAACGAUUCCAAGGAGGCUAGGCCGUACGAUCCACUGGUGGAUGUGAUUCGUCUAGGGUGCAGGACUGCUAUCAAGAUCAGUGAGAAGGUCUAA